AUGUUUUCCGUCAAGUCCCAAACUUUCGUAGCACUACUCCUCGCUAGUGUAGUAAGCGCAGACUACAAUCUUACUUGCUUGGACAUCUUCUGGUCUGCGGCCCCGACAGUCACACUAGUCUCAUCCAACAGCAUAGCGACAACUUACUCGUUCCAAUGUGACGCAAUAACUACACCCACCCCGACACCUACUCCGACCUCAACUUUUUACACUGGCCCACCGCCACAAAGUUGGACCUACGACCCCAAUUACACCGAACUCCCAGCCAACACUCCAACAAGAGCCAUUAAUUGCUUCCCAUUUAUCAUGUUCCAAGGCCCAGAGACCUAUGGUGUCCGUCUGACGGACACAGAGGGAGGCUACAUCACUCUCGACGGCGAUUGCAGCUGGACGGGCGUAUUCACAGACGUACCCAUCACGUGCGAUGGCCAAGUAACCGGCUCGGGAUACACCUCUGGGUUUUCGAGUGGCACGCCAACGGUGUUUGCACAGAGUGACUUGAGGAGUCUGACGUGGGGUGGGGGGUUUGGAUAUGCUGUUGCGACUGUGGUCGAGAAGACGGGGGCGGCGAGUACGCCGAGUGAAGGGGGUGGAGGUCGUGUAGCAUUUCCGGUGGGGGUUGUGGUAAUGGCUGGGGGCGCGUUUGUGGUUGGAGCGGUAGCUUGGGCGCUUUGA